AUGUCUGUAGAUAUCUCUUAGUCCAAUCAUUAAUUAACGAACUCUAUUCCAUAACGUAAAACAUUUAUUCAUAAUAAUUAUCAGAAUAGGUUACAACAGAUAAUGAAAUCCUUGAUGCCUUACUAUCCAGAAAACCUUUUUAUGAAUCUUUAUUUGAUAACUUAGUCAAAAUGGGUUUGCCAGUUCUUUCCAUUAACCCUAAUUAAAAUUUCAUCAAUUCCAUUAACAAUGACCCAUUUGAUAUUCCUUCACUUUAAAGGCUAAUAUCUAUUAAAUUGGAGGGACAACCGAUAUCCUUUCAUCGUUCAAAAUUGGCUCAUUAAUGUAAGAAUUUCAUUACUCAAUCUCUUAAUACUAAUUAAAAUAUCGAAUUAGAACAUAUGCUUGCUUUAAUCAAAAAAACUACAGAUUCUGUUUUUUUACCUAAAAUUUCUAGAUUGGAUUAUUCAUAACUAAAUUAUGAUCAAGAAUUCAAUUAUACUCUAUUCCUUAAAUUACUUAAUAUGAAUCAUGUUCAUCCUAUUUCAACUAAUCUCACCUUUACUACUACUGAAAUUUCUGGUUAUUAUGAAAUCAAAAAUAUUGAAGAUUUAAGAGAUCAUGAGUAAAUUGAUACAUUUAUUGCUGUCAGAAAAUUAAGACAGCAAAUUUUUUAAAUUAUUGAAUCUAUUGCUGAAAUUUUAGAUUCAUUAGAUUCUCUUCAUAUUACUAGAAUAGAAGAUGCAUUCCUUAGAUAUAUUAAUGUUAAAGCAUCCUUAUAAUUACCAUUUACUAAAUCUAUUAAUCAAGAAUGCAUUGAAAAGUAUAUUUCUGAAGAUCUUCCUACUGAAGAAUCAGCUCAAAAUUUUAGUAAAGUAAUCAUUACUUAAAAAAUUAAUGAUCAUUCUAAAACUUAAGAAUAAAGUACUAAAAGUAAAUUUUAUUCUUAUCUUAGAAAUUAAAAAAAUCACAAAAGAAGAUUAUUAUUUAAAAUAAAAAAAAGAAAACCAAGAAUCUACAAAAGUUAGAAUGAAAAAUGAUAAUAUUGAUAAAUUUAUGAGAAAAUCUGCCAAAAAUUAACUUAAAAAAUGUCUUCACAAAUCAAUUUCAUAGUGGGAUCAAGAGAGACAAGUUGAAUUUGAAAAGAAAAUAUCCAAUUUAGAUAAACUUUUUAUUUCAAAUUUCAUUGAAAUCUAAUAAUCAAAUAUUAAUAAUGAAACUUUAGCUAAACCAAAUAAACCUAAUAAUAAAAGAAAGGUUUAUUUUGAUGUUUUUGAUUCUUGUAGAUAUUAUAAUGGGAAAAUUAUUGACUUUAAGAUUAUUAAUCCUAGAAAACCUUUCUUCUAAUAUUCAUUCAUUGAAUAUAAUUUAGAUUCUGAAGAAGAAGUUGCUGAAGAUGUUUGCUCUGAAGAAAGAUCUGUUGAUAUGACAUCUUCUGAAUCUCUUUAAGAAUUUAUUGAAUUGGAUAUUAAAAAUUCAUUUAUUUAAAAUGAAGAACCAUUUACGUUAAUAUUUGAUCCUAAAAAUUAUGAAUAAUUUUCAAAUUAUAAAGCUAUCAUAUUAUCAGAUAUUACACCAAUAUUUGAAUAAGAAGCUAAAACGAAUUAAAACAAUAAAUAAUUAAGCAAAAGUGCUCAUCUAAAAAAUAAAAAAGAUUUAAUUGUCAAAACAUUAGAAAAUAUAUUGACUCCAAUAAAAAAUGAAAGUCUAUAAUUUUUAGAUACUGAAUUCUUGAUUAUUCCUGAAUCAGUUGAGAAGUUAUGA